CUCCCAUGUUCCAAGCAUGGCGCAUGACGUGCAAGAACUCGCGGAAGAGGACCUCGAGCUCGAGUCGGUCACCGUGUGUGGCCGCCGUUUUGGGAUCCACCGGCGGCGCAGCAAUGGCAUCCCUGCAGCGGAUGCCACGGGGCUGGUGCUCUGGGAGUGCGCCUUGCUGCUGGCGGAGUACCUGGGCUACGGCCUCUGGCGCGACACGAGCGACGCUCGGUCGACGACGAGUCUGACGUGGUGGCAGCUGCAUCCACCUGCGCCGGUGGUGCCAGCCAGGUUCUGGCGCUCACAGCCCGCGGUAUUGGAGCUCGGUGGGGGCUGUGGAUUGGUGACCCUGGCGCUCAGGUCACUGGGAGCCAGGGUGGUCUACACCGACGGCGAUGCUGCUGCGCUGCGCUUAGCGCAGCGGAACCUUCGCGCAGAGACGUCGGAGACGCAACAUCGGUGCCACUUUCGACGGUUGAGAUUUGGGGACCAAGCGGCUGCCAAGACGCUGCUGACGGAGCUGGGUCCUUUUGGCCACGUGGUGGGCAGCGACCUCGUCUACGGCGCUGAGAAAUCCAGGCGCUGCGCGCUGCUCGAUACGUUGCAGGCGCUGGCUGAAGCGCAGGAAAUGCUGGAGGUCAAGGGCUCCAGAACUGCGGCUCCCUUCUUGGUGACACUGGCCAUCAAAAACCGAUGCUGCGACGAGGUUGAACUUCUCGUCAAAGAAGCACUGGAACGAGAGAUUUGGACACUGCGCUGCGCUGAAAGCCGCAGCCUUCCGGAAAGCUUUCAACAAGAGGCGGAGGCCUUCUAUGGACCGCCUGGCCGGCCGUCCUACUGCGUGGUGCACUUGCGCUUUCAAAGGUUGGAGCCUCCAAGCAAGAAGAGGCGGACAUGACGGUGGCGGCACAUCCUCAUGGUCAGGUGACAAAAAAAAUCCGAGGCUCCCUGGAUUGCUGCAGAGGAAUCAGCAAUUUCCAGCACCCUGUGACAGUUUCAAA